CAAAUCACAGGCAAGGGAGGCACAGGUUUCCGGCCUAAUGAGCGAAAACACAACUCCGGUCUGAAAGACGAAGACUAGAACCUGCGUCUUGUAAAUAAUUUCACGGUUUAGCUUUCCCAGAUACAGUCCUACUCUACUAUGCUCAAACAAAUCCCUAAUUUAUAUUCCAAGAGCCACACUGACAUGGCAUCUGUCCACUGAACUACUCUGUCUUCAGCCACUGCAUGCACCAAGCAUUGGUGUUGAACUUCCCAGCGGAUGAGACUGACCCACCAUCACCAUGGAAACAGACACAGAAGUUAUUCCUAUCUGGCAGAAUAAGCCUCAUGGAUCCACCCGUAGUGUUGUGAGAAGAAUAGGUUCCACUCUUCCACUCAGACCUCCACAAAGGGCAUGUUUCCAGGAACUACCGGGCUUGCCCCGUCUUCGGCCUAUGGAUGGCCCUAUGGUUCCUACCUUGGCAGAUAUAGCCUGGAUUGUUGCAGAUGAAGAAGAGACAUAUGCCAGAGUGCGGAGUGACACUCGUCCUCUGAAACACGAAUGGCGGCCCACGCCUCUCCUGGUGCUCCACAGGAACUCAUCUGUACCCAACUUCCGCCGCGAGGGCAAAAGGGUGGAAGGGCUAAGGAAGCCUGGGGUGACGGCGAUGAACCGUACUACCGCCCUGCAGGAUGAGCUCAGCAGACUCCGUGCACAGAUAGCCAAGAUUGUGGCAAGUGAUUCUGGCUCAAACCCCCUGACCCCUGACCUGCUCUCCCCUGACGACACAAGUAUGAGCUUCUCCAUGGCACCGUUCGAGACGGCGCCCUACCAGCCGGCUGCCACGGCUGCCGCUUCCUUUGUCAUCAGUGAUGUCACGGAGGAGGAAGAAGAAGAAGAAGAAGAAGAAGAGGAGGGAGAAGAAGAAGAGGAAGAUGUGGUCUCUGUGGUGUCAGAGCUUGUCCCUGACCCUCUGCCGCCUGUUUCCAUGACGGCAUCAGCGACCUUUGACCUGGACAGACCCAGCAUGGACUUCCGCGAGGCAGAGGAGGAUACGGUGUCGCUAUCAAAGUCCACCAGCUUUGCUGAUGUUAUGGACAUCCUGAAGGACAUGAACCGCAUGAAGAUGAGCAAGGACAGGUACAACAGAGGCUGUACCUCCCUCAGAGAGGAGGACUCAGCCUCUCUGAUUUCAGAAGCUCUGAGGAAAAAGUUUGUCUUGAAGGAAGAAGAUACGGACGCUGUGAAACGGAAGUAGCCUGAUCACAUGUUUAUCAUCAAUACCCGAUCCUGCGGCCCCAUGUAAGUCAGGACAGGAUUGUAGAGAACUUUUUUUUUUUUUUUUAUAUAUAUUUUGUAUAAUGAGCCCUUGAAGGAAUGCGGGAGGUUAUCAUUGCCAAUGUUCUCAGUUUUAGGUCUCUUGUGGGUUCUUAGCAGUUGUUGUUUUUUCUCUCCCUCAUAAUUUUUAGGCCUUUGCCUGUGAAAUCUGUACCCAUCGAUCAACAACCUUGCUCCUCAGACCCAAGGCAUUAGCUGUCUGCCAGAGCUAGAACAAAAAAAUCACUUGGUCCCAGACAUUCAAAACCAUAUGUGAACCUCAUACCGCUGUUGCUGUGUGAGGGGGAACAGGCAAUUCUUGAUAACAAUAAUCAGUUCCAGCAAUGCAUUGCAUAUUGCAUCCACUUUAUUUCUCUAUUAAAAAAAAAAAAAAGCUUUUAUGUCGAAAUGUAUUUUGAAUAAGGACUCCACAGACUGCUGUCUGGAAACUUGCUCUGUCUCGGACUGCUUUAAUUUUAGAUGCAAUUUAUUAUAUUAUAUAUGUUAUAGAACAUUUAGGACGGGCUGACAUGCAAACAUUUAUAACACAGAUUUUGGACUUAAAGUAAGGAAUGUCCCUUUUUUAAAAAGCAUUUUAUCCAUCAUGCUACAAAAGGGAGUGCUUUUUCCUCCAGAAACAAUGCAAAUUCUUUUUCUUCUUCAGUUAUGUUAAGUCCUGUAACAUACUUGAACAUAUUUUAUGUACAAAUAGAACAGAUCUAGUGUACACAUGCAGAGAUGUACUGUAUCUUAUCACAGCGUGUGUGGGAAAUAUAACUUCAGAUCGUUGCUUUUAUUAUUUUCAUUUGAGGUCUGACUUCGUAAAUGUGCCCAGCAUCGUGUACCGUAUGUUUCUUGCUCCACUGCACUCUUAUGCCUGUCCUCUUGUUUGUUAUUAACAUAUAGCUUGAUAGUCACUGAACCACAGGGUACUGAUUUUGAAACCCAAACUGACAGGAGCAAGAAUAUGAUGAUUAUGAAAAGUGAACAGUGUUGUGUAAAAAUCAAAGGAAGUGUGUGAGUGAAAUGUGCACCCAUCAUUGUUUGCAGCUGUCUGUUUUUAGUCAAGGCAACGACAAAUACAAGCUUGUACAGAUCUUUUUGAACACAUCCCCUCCCUUGGUAGAUUUUUCUAAUUACUAGCUGAAACCACCUUUAAUGACGCAACAUUAAAGAGGUGAUCUCAGUUUGGACAGAGACAACUGAGCUAUGUGUAAGAGUGCUUUUACAUCAUUCUGUAUGCAGUUUUGACAAAGCCAUAGGUAAAAUGCUUGUGAGUCCCGAUGAUAACGAUGAAUAUUCUUGGUAAUGCCUUACCACAGAUCUAUUACCUGUUCCAAAGCCUGAUUUUAUUCCCAUAUUAGUUGUAGUGCCAUGGGUUUGUUGUACUCAGCCCACUGCUCAUUGCCUGUCCUUUCCUCCAUUCUCUUCCCAUGUUUUUAUCUCACAAACAUAACGUGUGUGUGUGUGUGUGUGUGUGUGUGUGUGUGUGUGUGUGUGUGUGUGUGUGUGUGUGUGUGUGUGUGUGUGUGUGUGUGUGUGUGUGUGUGUGUGUGUGUGUGUGUGUGUGUGUGUGUGUGUGUGUGUGUGUGUGUGUGUGUGUGUGUGUGUGUGUGUGUGCUGAAUGUUAAAAAAUAACCCCUCACAAGAAAAGACUUGCUUUCAUGUUACUUUUACCUCCAUACAUGUCACUCCUACUCUGUUUUUCAUCUGUCAUGUGUAUGCCUACAUGCAUAGGAGUCCCUUAGUGUAGUUUUACAGUGUGAAAAGUUACUUCUAAGUUUAUCUGUUUGGAUUGAAACAAGAUUGUGCCCAUAUGUGUGUCACUGUAUGCAGUGGAAUUAAAGUGUGUUUUGUUUUUUUUUCUUGCUAGAAUUGGCCCUUGACUUGUCUUUGGUGAUCUUCUCAAUAGUUAAUUUCCUCAUUGGACAGUGAUGAAGUAUGAACCUACUAUCUAAGAAAAACUACUAUAUGCCAGUUUAUAUAUAUUCAAUGUGUGUCUCUACUUAAGAUGUCGACCCUUACACAGCAUUCUCUGCCAUAUGCAUCCCUAGUCUUGAUAAUAAGUUAUAAUAAGAGGAGAAUUUAGUGAAGGAUUUUCCACAGAGAACUGAAUGACUUUGUUUCUCUUGUAGAGUUUAUGGGUUUCUCACCAUUGUACCUCUGUGUCAGGUCGAGCCCACCACCACUACCUGUAUGUUUAUUUUUUGUCAUAUUAGGACUUGUAAAUAAAGAUCGGCUGAUGUUUUGAAACUUA